GUCUGGCCAUCACUGAUUUGGGGUGCCUAUCAACGCUUCUUUGGACAAACAUCUGCAUGACACCGGCAUUUUAUUCCUUAGAUCUGCCAUUUGAACCUAUACAGUUCCAGUUUGUGACAAGCGGAAUCCCUCAUGUGAUGUUUUCUAGAAUUAGUAGUUGGAUCACAGCCCUGGUCACUCUAGAGAGAUGCCUGUGUAUAACUAUGCCUCUAAAG